AUGGUGAGUGCAGAAUAUUCCUGUCAAAUUUGUGUGCCGCCACGCACAAAAGAAGCUGUCGGGGUUGAAGGUCCAGUGGAAGCAGCGGAAUUUCGGAUAACAACCACAUCUGAUAACCAUGGUUCUACAGUUCAGAAAGAAUUAUCAAGGAACAGGAAGAAGUUCUUUGAAGACAACCUGAUCCAAGAGGACCAGCCCGUCAACCUUCUAGGAUGCAUCUCCAACUAUCAUUUUCCAAAUCUGGCCAGAAACCCUAAUUCUAUUAAGAUGUCAAAAAGGACGCACUCCAGCUCCGAAGAUGAUAGUGAUUUCAGUGAGUCAGAGCUUGAUGAACGGAUAGAUAGUUUGUAUAAUUCUUUGAGAAAUGGAGGUCAGGAACAUGCGAAUGGGGCGGGUUGUUCGGGGAAAAACUCUAUGCAAAAGCGAGCGAAUCAUCUUGCAUUGGCAAGAUAUUUACAAGAUGAUCUCGCACCCGUCCCUCGUGCAGAUGAUCGCGCUGAAAUACCAUUACCGGCAGUUCCUCAUGCAGAAGUAGUGGUGGAUCCCCUUCAAUCUCACAAUCCACAGGACCGCUUUGUUUACCCUCCAAUGACUAUUGUUGUUAACCUGUCUCGAAAACUCAAUUGUGGGAAGUUUGUUGGACAUAGUGGCAGGGUUCUGCAUGAAAAGUAUUUGUUUGAAGGUUUUAAUCCGACAAAAGUGGAGCCACUGUGGGAUGAUGAAACUGGCCACUUGGGAAUGUGUAUUUUUCAUUUUAGAAGUGGUUUUGAUGGAUUAAGAGAUGCUCUUGCAUUUCAUCAGGCUUAUAAGAAUGAUCACCAUGGGAAGCAGGAUUGGGAAGGGUCUGUUACUCACAAUGAUUCCCUAUAUGCCUGGGUUGCUCAAGAAGAUGAUUACGCGUCCACUGCAUUGUUGGGAGGAAACUUCACAGGUGUGCAGGUAUCAAAAGUUUCGAUGAAAUCCAAGGUCUCUAGGACACCUGCUCUGCCACUCUUGGUUGAAUGUCAUGCUUAUAAGAAUGAUCACCAUGGGAAGCAGGAUUGGGAAGGGUCUGUUACUCACAAUGAUUCCCUAUAUGCCUGGGUUGCUCAAGAAGAUGAUUACGCGUCCACUAGAUUGUUGGGAGGAAACUUCACAGGUGUAUAG